AUGCACGGAACAGUUCCGCAAGAAAACGCGGAGGUGAGAAUUUUUCGAAGGGAAAAAUGUUUUAAUCAAAAAUAAGAAUUUGGCUAUUUUGAAUUUGGCUGUCAUAGCUCAGAAAAGUGGAAAAAACAGGUCAAAGUUCCGCAAAAAAGUGCGGAACAAAUUGCUGUUUUUUUUGGAUUUUUAUUGAAAAUGGUAGCUUUAUUUUGGAAUCUUUUUGUUCUAUACUUUCCCAUAGGCAUAGCUUCACAAUUAUCUACUUAUUUUUGAUUAAUAGAGUAUGCAAUUCAAAAAAACAGACAGAAAAAUCACGUAUUUUACUUCAAAAGAAGCUUUUUAUACUGGAAUUUUCCCCUUUUUUAUCAAAAUUGCAUCAUUAAGAAGUGAGGAAAUUUCAAUUUCAACAGAAGCAUGAACUUCAAACUUUGUCUUCUGACCUUGUUUUGAAAUUUCUUGUCUCUUUUAUCUCAAUAAUGACUUGUUUUCCUUGUUCAUUGUUGAACAAGGCUCCUGGAACAUGAUGGUACAAAUGAAGGAAUCUUUGACCUGGUAAUGAUAACGAAGUGUACUGGGACGAUAGUUUAGGUGGUUCUGAGAGUUUGAAGCCAUUUAUGUGAGAAAGAUAGGAGGUUUUCAAGGACUAUGAGGCAUUUUCUACGGAUAAAAAAAAAUUACAAAACACCCAAAAAAAUUUCGAAAAAAAAUUUAACAAGCACAAACUCCUUGAAGUCUAAACACGCCCCAGAAAAUCCGCAGUUUUCUUUUUUUUUUUUGCAAAAAGACCUUAAAAAUCAAACCUUAAAUCUGAACACUCUUUGAAAAGACGCCCUGACGCACAACAAUUCUCAUGAAUUGUUCACUCUUAAAUAUGUAUACAGACACAUUUUCAUCUUCUUAUAAUGAUUUGAUUGGAAUUUUCAAAAGACGCACCAACGCACAACCUCUUUUUUCUAAACACGCACCAACGCACAACUUCACUUUUUCUAAACACGCAUCGACGCACAAUUCUGGCCUGUCCAUGAUGCCGUGUUCGAAGUAAUUUCCUCGAAAUUCAAAAUGGUCUCUGACUCUCCAAAAUUUAGUUAUCUUUCUCUUUCUCUGACGGCUUUUUGAAUUUCGCGAAAUCACUUUGAACACGGCAAUAGAAAAAUAGAUUAUUUUUCAUUUCUGCAAUCUCGAUUGUUUUACGUUUCAAACAAAGGCUAAAUCGUUUUUGAAAUGAUAAUUAGUUUUGAUUUUAUAAAUGGAAAUUUGUCAAUUAAAAGAAAAAGAAUUAUCAACUUUUCAAGGAUUUGAUAAAAUUUUUAUUCUUGUAAAAAAAUAACUUUGUGUAGUAGUUUUUUUCAAAUUUAAAUACACACUUUUUAAAAAAAGUCCUCCAACGCUUCUCAACGUCUUCAAAAAAAGUCGCUCUAGCAAACUAUACUUUCAUUGGAAAAACUGUUCCAUUCAAGUUCCUUCCCCCACUAAUCCAGUCACGAUCAACAACUGUUCAGGUAGUGAUUUCACGCAAUUAAAACGGCUCAGCGGCGAGAUUCGAGCGGUUUUUCGGUACAAAAAGGGCUCGAAAUGCGUUCAGGUUCUACUUUUUUUCUUUUUUUUUUUUGAAUUUCUGUCGUAUCAAGUGAUUUUCGCAACAUUGGGGUUGAAAAUCGUAGAACUAAAAAGUUGUAGAAGUGAAAAAAAAGUUUAGGAAUGGAAAAAUGUGUUUUAAAACUCUAUUUUUAGGAAAUUUAGAGAAUUGCGGACUUUAUAAAAAUAAUGAAAUUGAUUAUUCCCUUUUUUUUAAAUCAAAGUUUCCUCACAGCUGUUGUUUUUUUAAUAUUAUUAUUUCUUUUUUUUUCUCACGAUUUUGAAGAUUCUCUAAGCGUGGAGAAAAAAUUUUCUUUUUCGAUUUUUUUUUUUCUGCUUCACAAGUCGGAAAAGGUGGAACGGGCUCCAUAGAAAUUUGCCUUUUUUGCUGCUUUUUUGCGCCAUUUCAUCUGCUCUUAUGCACCAUUUUUGUUGCCUCUCUCCUUCUUCCACCAUUUCUUGAAGCUUUAAAAUCCUAGAAACAUGAAAGGCUCUAUAAAGGGACUCUUCUUGAUGACUUUCUGCGGCCUUUUUUAAGCCCCUCCUUUUUUUAUGCGUUAUUCAGACUUUGCCCGAGUUUUUAAAAGUUCCAGAUGCGUUCGACAGGGUUCAUAACUUUUCUAACAAUCGCCGUUGCUUAUACUUCUUCCCAAGCCAUUCAACAAGAGGCUUUGGCUAAGAUUUUCAAGUAUGCCGCUGCUGGACCACUUAAAGCUGUUCGUUUUUCAAUUUAUUCGAUCAGAAGCUAUCUCAAGUUUGAAAAAUAACCAAUUUUCCAAGUUUUCACGACUUGAAAUUUCACCGAACGACAUUCCGCUGCUCCGCUGCGUGCGUUCGCGAAGCGUCUUUCGAAUGUCACGCUUUCAAUUGAUUGUUGUUUCUGUGGGAGCACAUGAAAGUAGAGUACCUUUAAAAAAAAAAAUUAAAAGCGUGACCAAGGUUCGCAAAGGCGCGCAGCGGCACAGCGGAAUGUCGUUUGGUGAAAUUCCAAGGUACACAGGCUAUACUUGAGCUGUAAAUUAGAGUUUCUCAUCCUUCUCCUUUCCAGUUGACCACAAAUAUCAACAAGAAAACGACGGCCGCUGAUCAGAAGACGGUCUUGAAUAACUGGAUCCCCAAGAACUUUGUAGGGUUCCGAAUAUUUGACCCUCGAGGAAGAUUUAAAUCUUCAGAAGGCCGCCGGAGCCACCGUCGCCAAGGGAGACAAACUGGGUAAUCAGACCUACGUGAAGCAAAAGGCGGUCGCUUUUAUCGAUUAUCGAUUCUCGCUCAAGAAGUUCAUGAACUACAUGUACAACAACUCGAUCAAGGAGAAGUACAUGACUGAAGCUGAAGCUAACAAGGUUUUUUAGCCUUCAUUCGCUUUUGAACGUCACAGAGGCAUGCAGAAAAUUUUUUGAUGAUAGGUUUAUUCACUUUAGAAAAUAAAAAAAGAAAGGAAUUGGAAAUAAUACAGAAGAAAUCGCAGUAGAACUAAAAAUAAGGGAGGUUAGUCAAGCUUGACGAGUAGACCCGGUGUUAUUCACAGAAAUUUAAGCGAUCGAGAAGAAAUUGAUGAAAUUUGUGGAAAGCGGAAUUCGGGAAAUCAUAUUUGACCCGUAGAGAAUCCGAGGAGACACUAAAAUCUGCUCGGACCUCGGUAACGCGAACGGGACGCCAAUCGGAAUGUGUCGGAGCAUUUCUAGUGACCACUUUAGUAGCCUCAGCACUCUUAAGUGAUUCCUAGAAUCGCCCAGAAACGUCCGUUUCGCGCUACCAAUGUCCGAGCGUUCUACGAUUCAAGCUGCGAUUCAAGUUUAAAUUUUUCAUUUUAUUUUUCCAAAAAUUUCCCCUCAUGUAUCCGCUUCACACAGCCGCGACGCGUUGAACCAUUCUCCGUCCGCGAUUUUUUUUUUGAACUAACGAGUUUCUGUUCCGAAGAGUGAAGAGACUAGAUCAUGACUACCAUGAGAAGAAAUUGAUGAAAAUUGUGGAAAGCGGAAUUCGGGAGAUCAUGUUUGACGCGUAGAGAAGCCGUGGAAACAUGAAAAUCUCUCCUAUCGCGCUGUGAUUUAAAUUUUCCAAUCUUUCUGAUACCGCAAUUUCUUUCUCCAUGUAUUCGCUUCACACAACGCAUCGUGCCAUUCUCUGUCCGCGAAUUUUUUUUUUUUUUUUGAAAUAACAAUUUUUCUGUUCCGAAGAAAGUCUGAAGAGAUUAGAUCAAAUUAUUUAAAAAAAAUGAACUUUCAACAUUUUUUUGUGUUUUUGAACCAAAACUUCGGAUCGGGCUCAAUAGGAUCCUUGGCUUUUUGGAAAACCGAAAAGUUACAAAGUUCACUUUUUUUCAAUAUUUCUCAACGAUAAAUGAGUUUUUUUGAUCUAGAAAAAAACUCCAAAUUUAAAUACUGAAUUUUUUUAUAAAAAGUCUCUUCGAGUAGCGUCUCCUUUUUUUCAAAACCUUCCUCGUCAUUUUUUUCAGCCUUUUUUUAAGGCCUUUUUCCUUCUUCACAGGCAAAGUCCGAAAAACCUCCUAAAAAGUGUCAAAAAAGCCUUGGAAUCUUCCUUUUUCCGCCUUCUCUUUUACACCUCCUCAGAAAAAGGUCUAGAAAAGCAUUUAAGGCCUUUUUUUUUCCGAAAGUUCGGUUUUUGGACUCCGCCCUUGUUGCCUCCAUUUUCAGCCACCAGUGGGCGCCUUUUUCAAAAGUUUCAAACUGGAAGCAAAUGGAUUUUUUUUUUGAAUAAAAUUUAGAGCUAGAAGAGUCCAAGCAAUCGCUGAAAGAAUUGUGAACAGAUUUUCUGAAACUCCAGCAUUCCAAGAAAAACCAGAGUCUUUUCUUUCAGAUGCGAACAUACUUCUGGAAAGUCGACGCCGACACUCACAAUUCCUAUCCGGACACUAUCCAGGCUGCCACCAAAGAAGCUGCCAGAAUAGUUUUUGAUGAAAAUGAAGGGAGACACUGAAACUGACGGUUCAGACCGGGAAGAAAGACAUCCUGGACAAGUUCCACGCCUGGUCCGGAAGUUUCCAGAAGGCCAACCCCAAGGACUACGCCAACCUCGGCUGGAGCUUGUGA